AUGGAGGUCCUGAGUUUAACCGAGUUAGGAGAGUCCUUCCCAAUCCAGAAGCUUGAAUAUAAGGAUGCUAUUCAACUGCUCUUACAGCGCAGCAGUCUGCCAGUCCCAGAUCUAAUAAGAACAGAGGAGGUUGACCAAGAUGUUAUUGCCCUUGCAGACCGUCUUGAUAAAUUACCAUUAGCUAUUGUCAUAGCAGGUGCAUACAUGCGUGAAACUGGAACCAGCAUCAGUGAGUACCUAGACCACUACCAGAAAUCCUGGCGCAAUCUCCAGUCAUAUUCUAGCCCUGAACGCCAAUACCAAAACAGUAAUAUGCUACAAACAUGGUUGAUUUCCUAUAAUGAAAUCAAGAAACGAGACCUAAACGCAGCGAAACUGAUUCUACUACUUGCCCGCUUUGAUAAUCGGGACAUCUGGUAUGAGUUAGUGAAAUGUGGUGCUUAUAGCACGAAUCAGCCAGUGUGGUUUAAUAGUGUCAUAUCAGACAGCCUUGUCUUCAAAAAAACCAUAAAGACUCUCAUCGAAUUCUCACUUAUCGAGGCCAGCCAGCGAAAUGGAAGCUACACAAUGCACCCUGUUGUACAAGAUUGGUGUCGUCACAUUAUUCUAACAGAACAUGACAUGAAAGCAAGUCGGUUGGACGAUCUAGCACUAGAAGCAUUUAAUAGACUAGGGAAUCUCUACUCUGAUCAAAGCAAGUUAAGAGAGGCAGAGAAGAUAUACCAGCGAGCCCUAACAGACUGUAAAAAGGCCCUAAACCCAGAUCACACAUCCACCUUUAAUUCAGUUAACAACCUCAGGAUUCUCUACUAUGAUCAAAGCAAUUUAAAGAAGGCAGAAAAGAUAUACCAGCAAGCCUUGACAAACUAUGAAAAGACCUUAAACCCAGACCACAUAUCCACCCUUACAACAGUUAAUAAUUUUGGGAAUCUCUACCGUGAUCAAGGCAAGUUGAAGGAGGCAGAGGAGAUGUACCAGCAAGCCCUAGCAGGCUGUGAGAAGACCUUGGGCCCAGACCACAUAUCCACCCUUGAUUCAGUUAACAACCUCGGGAUUAUCUACCGUGAUCAAAGCAAGUUGAAAGAGACAGAGGAGAUGUACCAGCAAACCAUAGCAGGCUAUAAAAAGGCCCUAGGCCCAGACCACACAUCCACCCUUGGUUCAGUUCACAAUCUUAGGAUUCUCUACCAUGAUCAAGGCAAUUUAAAUAAGGCAGAGAAGAUAUACCAGCGAGCCUUAGCAGGCUAUGAAAAGACCUUAGACCCAGACCACACAUCCACCCUUACGACAGUUAAUAAUUUUAGGAAUCUCUACCAUGAUCAAGGCAAGUUGAAGAAGGCAGAGGAGAUGUACCAGCAAGCCCUAGCAGGCUAUAAGAAGGUCCUAUGCUCAAAUCAUAUAUCCACUCUUAAUUCCAUUUACAAUCUUGGGGUUCUCUACCAUGACCAAGGCAAGUUGAAGGAGGAAGAGGAGAUGUACCAGCGAGCCGUGGCAGGCUAUGAGAAAGCCCCGAGUCCAAACCAUCACAAGACCGAACGAGCUGCAAAGAAAUUGAAAAGAAUUUAA